AUGAGUUCAAGAUUUGCAGGGGGAAACGCUUAUCAACGUGAUACUGGUAGAACACAGUUAUUCGGACCGGCUGAUGGAUCAAAUAGUCUCGAUGACAAUGUAUCAUCAGCGCUAGGGAGCACAGAUAAAUUAGACUACUCCCAAAGUACUUUGGCAUCUCUUGAAUCUCAAAGUGAGGAACAGAUGGGAGCUAUGGGUCAGAGAAUAAAAGCACUCAAGUCAUUAUCGUUGAAGAUGGGUGAUGAGAUUAGAGGCAGCAAUCAAACUAUUGACCAGCUUGGUGAUACUUUCCAUAACACUUCUGUAAAACUCAAAAGGACUUUUGGAAACAUGAUGGAGAUGGCCAGAAGAUCUGGGAUCAGUAUAAAAACAUGGUUAAUAAUAUUUUUUAUGGUAGGCGUGCUAUUUUUUUGGGUAUGGAUUACAUAA